AUGGCCUAUCAACACCAACAACCAUAUGUCUCUCAGCAGCCUAUGGGCAACAUGGGAAUGAAAAUCGGCGGCGGAAAUCGCAACGCCCUGGGCAAACCUCUCAACUCUAACGGGCAACGUGAGUGGAGUCACGGUCUCUGCGACUGUUUCGGAGACUUCGGCACCUGCUGUUGCUCUUGCUGGUGCCCAUGCGUUGUCCACGGUAAAAAUAAGCAAAGAAUGCGCCAUCUCGAAAACCAAGGCUCUCCAGACCCAGACGGUGGCUCGUGCUGCUCUGGCAGUUGCUGGGCUCAUUGUUUGUUGACCUCCUUCUUCGGAGUUGGUUGCAUUCUCCAGUGCCUCAACAGAGGUGAAGUCCGUGGACGAUACGGAAUUGAGGGUGGGGGUUGCGGGGACUGCUGUGCGAGCUGCUGGUGUGGUCCUUGUGAUCUCACUCAAGUUUCUCGGGAGAUCGAGCUCGAGGAAAAGAGCUUUGGUAAAUAUUGA